CUGCUUUGUUUUCCAGGAAGCCAUUGUAUGGUUUGUUUCAAUACAAUUCCAGUAUGAUUGGACUAGAAUCAUUAGCUGAUCCUUCAGAUACCUGGGAAAUUAUAGAGACUAUUGGGAAAGGCACUUACGGUAAAGUCUAUAAGGUUGCCAAUAAGAAAGAUGGGAGCCUGGCAGCAGUAAAGAUUCUGGAUCCUAUCAGUGAUGUAGAUGAAGAAAUUGAAGCAGAAUAUAAUAUUUUGCAGUUUCUUCCCAAUCAUCCUAAUGUUGUUAGAUUUUAUGGGAUGUUUUACAAAGCAGAUCAAUAUGUGGGAGGACAGCUCUGGCUAGUACUAGAGCUGUGCAAUGGAGGUUCUGUGACAGAGCUUGUCAAAGGCCUGCUGAAGUGUGGCCAACAGUUGGAUGAAGCUCUAAUCUCAUACAUCUUAUAUGGUGCUCUCUUGGGCCUUCAGCAUUUACACAAUAACCGGAUCAUUCAUCGUGAUGUGAAAGGGAACAACAUUCUCCUGACAACAGAAGGUGGAGUCAAGCUCGUUGACUUUGGCGUUUCAGCCCAGCUCACCAACACACGGCUGCGUAGAAACACCUCAGUGGGAACACCCUUUUGGAUGGCACCUGAGGUCAUUGCUUGUGAACAACAGUAUGACUACUCAUAUGAUGCUCGAUGUGACGUAUGGUCCUUGGGAAUAACAGCUAUUGAACUGGGGGAUGGAGACCCUCCUUUAUUUGACAUGCAUCCGGUGAAAACCCUUUUUAAAAUCCCAAGAAACCCUCCUCCUACUUUGCUACAUCCUGAAAAAUGGUGCAGAGGAUUCAAUCAUUUCAUUUCACAGUGUCUUAUCAAGGAUUUUGAAAAGCGUCCUUCAGUCACCCAUCUUUUGGAGCAUCCGUUUAUUAAACAAGUACAUGGUAAAGAUAUGUCUCUGCAAAAACAGCUGGCUGCGCUCAUCCAAGAACAGCAGCAGCUAGGCUCUAUAGGCAAAACAAGGCAUGAACGAAUACAUACUAGAAGACCUUACCAUGUGGAUGGAGCUGACAAGUCCUCUCUAGAUGAUGAUCUGGUAAACCUAGAAGUUCUAGAUGAGGAUACAAUUAUCCAUCAGCUGCAGAAACGCUAUGCUGACUUACAAAUUUAUACUUAUGUUGGAGACAUUUUAAUAGCCUUAAACCCCUUCCAGAAUCUCAGCAUUUAUUCUCCCCAGUUCUCCAAGCUUUACCACGGUGUGAAGCGUUCAUCAAAUCCGCCCCACAUAUUUGCCUCUGCGGAUGCUGCUUACCAAAGUAUGGUUACAUUCAGCAAAGAUCAGUGCAUUAUCAUCAGUGGGGAAAGUGGUGCUGGAAAGACAGAAAGUGCCCAUCUGAUCGUCCAACAUUUGACCUUCUUGGGAAAGGCCAAUAACCGUGCUUUGCGUGAGAAAAUUCUUCAGGUGAAUCCUCUGGUUGAAGCAUUUGGGAAUGCCUGCACUGCCAUCAAUGACAACUCAAGUCGCUUUGGAAAAUAUCUGGAAAUGAUGUUUACGCCCACGGGAGCUGUAAUGGGGGCAAAGAUUUCUGAAUAUCUACUUGAAAAAUCAAGGGUCAUAAAACAGGCUGUGGGAGAGAAAAAUUUCCAUAUAUUUUAUUAUAUUUAUGCUGGCCUUUAUCAUCAGAAGAAACUUUCUGAAUAUAGACUUCCUGAUAAAAAGCCUCCUAGGUAUAUUGAUAAUGAAACUGGAAGAGUAAUGCAUGACAUUGUUACUAAAGAUUCCUAUGGAAGACAAUUUGAAGCAAUUCAGCAUUGCUUUAGAAUUAUAGGAUUCACUGAUGAGGAAGUGUACUCAGUGUACAGAAUUCUGACUGGAAUCUUAAAUACUGGAAAUAUUGAGUUUGCUGCCAUUUCUUCACAACACCAAACAGAUAAAAGUGAGGUUCCCAACCCAGAAGCCUUAGAUAAUGCUGCCGCGCUACUAAGUAUUGGGUCAGAAGAACUUCAAGAGGCCCUAACCUCCCACUGUGUUGUAACACGAGGAGAGACUAUUAUCCGAACAAACACCGUGGACAAAGCAGCUGACGUGCGAGAUGCCAUGUCUAAAGCACUUUAUGGCCGGCUCUUCAGCUGGAUCGUAAAUCGUAUUAAUACGCUGCUUCAGCCAGAUAAAAAUAUAUGCAAUGCUGAAAAUGGGAUGAAUGUUGGGAUACUAGACAUAUUCGGAUUUGAGAACUUUGCAAGAAAUUCCUUUGAACAGCUGUGCAUAAAUAUUGCUAAUGAACAGAUCCAGUUUUAUUUCAAUCAACAUAUCUUUGCACUUGAGCAGAUGGAAUAUCAGAGUGAGGGAAUUGAUGCUACUACAGUGGAGUAUGAGGACAACCGUCCACUUCUAGAUAUGUUCCUCCAGAAACCCAUGGGUCUCCUGUCUCUACUAGAUGAAGAAAGUCGAUUUCCUCAGGCAACAGACCUAACUUUAGUUGAUAAAUUUGAAGAUAACUUACGAUGCAAAUAUUUUUGGAGACCAAAAGGAGUAGAACUGUCAUUUGGUAUUCAGCACUAUGCUGGAAAGGUAUUAUAUGAUGCCUGUGCAUUCCUUGAGAAGAACAGAGACACUCUUCCUGCGGAUGUAGUGGUGGUGUUGCGAACUUCGGAGAACAAACUUCUUCAGCAGCUGUUCUCUAGCCCAUUAACAAAAACAGGUACUUUGCCGAUGACACAGACUGUACAUUAUCUGGUUUAUACAAGUGCCACCUGGUCAGAGCAGAUGGUAAACUGCCACAAAGUUGACACGAUGGAGGUUAUGCGACACCCUGAGGAAACAACUAACAUGAAGCGGCAAACUAUGGCUUCCUAUUUUAGGUAUUCCCUCAUGGAUCUCUUAUCCAAAAUGGUUGUUGGACAGCCUCACUUUAUCCGCUGCAUUAAACCUAACGAUGAUCGAGAAGCACUGACAUUUUCUCAUGAGAGAGUCCUACUGCAGUUACGGUACACUGGAAUUCUGGAAACUGUCAAAAUACGUCAAAAAGGGUAUUCUCAUCGCAUCCUCUUUGAAGAGUUUGUGAAAAGGUAUUAUUACCUUGCAUUCAAGGCACACGAGACUCCCCUUGGUAGCAGAGAAAACUGUCUUGCCAUUUUGGAGAAAUCUAAACUAGACAACUGGAUUCUUGGCAAAACCAAGGUUUUUCUAAAGUAUUACCAUAUAGAGCAGUUAAAUUUGUUCCUGCGAGAAGUUAUAGGGAGGGUGGUGGUCAUGCAAGCCUAUAUCAAGGGAUGGCUUGGAGCAAGGAGGUACAAGAAAGUCAGAGAGAAAAGAGAAAAUAGUGCUGUUACCAUACAGUCAGCCUGGAGAGGAUAUGAAGCUCGCAGGAAGUACAAGGAAAUAAGGAACAGAAGAACUGAUGCCGCUAUACAUAUUCAAGCAGCUUUCAGGGGAUAUAUUGUUCGUAAAAACUACACAAGAUUGAAAAACAGCACUGGCUGUGUAGCAGAUCCUCAGCUUAUGAGCAGCUGCUCUACUUCUGAUUUUGGCUGUGAAGAGCACUGGCAGCAAACCAGUAACCAGCCUUCUCCUGUGGUGCCCGAUUUUCUUGACAAACAAACAAAAAAGGAGAAUUUGGAUGAGAUUUCUGCUUUGCCACUUAUUCAAAAACAUUCGUUCGAAGUGAAUGAUCCACAAUCAAUUAGCCAGUCCCAGUCAGUUGCAGACCAUCAGUUGUCAAGUCCCUUGAGAUCCCAUAAAAGAGGAGGUUCAGAAAACUGUCUCGAACAGAAGCUGAGAACACCUCGUCGACGAUGUCAGCAGCCCAAAAUGCUGAAUAGCCCUGAGGACAACAUGUACUAUAACCAGUUAAAUGGAACUCUAGAAUAUCAAGGGAGCAAGAGGAAGCCAAGAAAACUUGGCCAAAUUAAAGUGCUGGAUGGAGAGGAUGAGUAUUAUAAAUCACUGUCAGCUGUUGAAUCUAUCCCUGAAGAUGACAGCUUUCUCAGUUCCCCAUCUCCUCCUUCUUCAAGAGGUGUGUCUUUUGCUCAAAGCUGAACCUCACUUACUCUAUUGACUAAUACUGGUUAAGAGUAUUUUCAUGCUGGUAAUCUCUUCCAAUUAACUUUGCGCUUGUGUGUUUAUAUAAUAUAUUAAAAAAUACAAUUUCAGCUAGUAACUUUCUUUUACUAAUUUAGACCUGGUUUUGCAGCCGUAAAUUGUCCCACUUAGCUGUAUUUCUAUAAACAAUUCCAGUAAAGGGGUGCAGCACUACCUGGAUGUGCUGAUGUUGGUAACGGACACAUUUCUUUAGCAGCAAGGUUAGUUUAUAAAAUUUCUGACCCCUUCUUCCUGCUCCCCCCCAGCUGCUGUUCCCACCCUGUGCCAUCCCUUCUGUUGAGCUGGCACAACUGCUGGUAGAGCUGUGUGAAAAAUAAGAUCAAGGAACUGAACUGGAUUAAAAGAACUCUGUACUAAAAAUUUUCAUUUGGAGUCAUAGUGAAAAAGUUUUGUAUUUCAUUAGACUGGUAUUAAACAUUAUGCUUUUUAAAUUUCUGUGCU